GUCGUCUAUUUGAGCAGUAUAAAUACCAAGCGUACUCACCGAAAAAGGUACAUUUUAAUUUUGUUGUUAAUCCAAAGCAACAACAUGAAGGCAUCUCUUGUUUUAGUCUUGGCUUGCGUAGCCUUAGCUGCUGCCACUACCCGUUUUGAACGCAAAUACAAUCAACAACACCAGUAUGACAAUUCCCAAGACGUUACCUACUUAAACCGCGAAUUCAAUAAGGAAGGUAUUGACUACAUGUACCAAGAUAAAUACAACGAAUACAACCAAAAAUACAACAGACAUGACUGCACCAAAAUGAGAAACAUGCACAAACCCCAAUGCCAAAGCUAUUACAGCGCUUUGAACCAAUUAAAAUAUAACAACAACAACCAAUUGAACAUCCAUGAAAACAAUGACAACACCGAGCAAUACGAAUCAUACAAUAAUUACAGAGAAUGGAACCAAUUCGGACGCUCCAGCGAAGAAACCGAAUCCAACGAACAAUCCAACGAAUAUUUCGAACAAUAUGUCCGUGAAAACGAUGCCACCGUUGGAACUACCAACCAAUACUUGAAAAACACCGUCGAUAAAAUCUACUCUUUGUACAGAAUCUUUUUCAGUGAUGUUAAACAAUCCUAUGAAAAUGUUGCUACUUUGAGUUUCGACAAUACCGUUCCAUUGGAAAUGACCGUCUACAAGCCAGACAAAGACCAUUUCAUCAGAUUCCAUGAUGCUCAAAUCCGCAACAUGAACCAAGGUAAAAUCGAAUACUUGGCUGUCAACCCUGAAUACGACAACAUCUAUGUUGAAUACCAAUUCGAUAACCUUAAGACCCAAGGUUUAUACAAAUCCAACUUGCACCACCUCAACUCCGGAGAAUUCAACAUCGCUAUGAAGAACGUAUACAGCAAUGUAUCCGCCAGAUUCCACUCCCGCAGAGCCUCAAUCGUUCCUGCUGAAUACGAAGUCGCUGAAGUCACCGUCUAUGACGAACAAGGCAAAGAAACCGAACAAUUGAACGAAGUUUUGGAAAGGAAAUACUUGCGUGAUUUGGAACGUGCUAUCUCCAACGAAGUUUUCAGCGCUACCCACAAGGGUAUGUUGUUCCAACUUAAAACUGAAAUCACCCGCCCAAUCGAAAAAUCCGCAGUUUUUGGAAUUGGCAAAUUGGAAAGCAUGAAAUGGAAGGAAAACAACGUCGCUAUGGAAAUGAACAACCUCCAGAGCAACGACAACUACAGCAACUAUGUCAACCAAAAAAUUAGCGCCAUGUCAUACACCCGUUUGAACAAUCAACAAUACAAAAUGCGUUUUGACUCCAAAAUCUACGGAACCCAAUGGAACGGUGACUUCGUCAUUGUAGUCAACGGACAACGCUACCAAGCCCAAAACGUCAACUUCAACUUGAAGAACAUUGAAUUCGAAGUCAAUGUUUUCAAAUUCUACAACAGCGAUGAAUGCCGCAUGGUCAAUACCGAUGUUUACUUGCAAGGUCUUCAAUACAGUGGAUUGAAAGAACAAUUACCAGUCGUUGUCUUCCAAGAAGUAGAACAAAAAUUGUACCGCUUCAUCAAGCACUACUUGGAAGCUCAUAUGCAAAAGGCUCUUAAAAACGUCUUCUGUAACUUCAAGAAAUGGUAAUUUCAUUUCCAGUGUAAAAACAAGAAAUAUAUUUUAGUAUCUAGAAUAAUAA